CAUGUCACCGUAACUUGCACUGUUAGGUCAACCUUAUAUAGGAUUAGGUCGACCUAAUCUGCACUUUUAGGUCGACCUUAUAUAGGAUUAGGUCGACCUAAUAUGUCGUUUCAGUUUUGUGCGGUUCAACGUCGCGGUUCGUCGCGGUUGACCUUUUAUAGCAAAUGGUCGGCCUCUUGGGAAGCGCAUGGAUGGCAUGUACGACUACAUGAGCCAGAUUUCCACCCAGAUGACUGGCAUGUACGACUAUUUGGGGAAAAUGACCACCCAGAUGAGCACACUGCAGGUGACCGUGAAUGAGAUGCGAGAUGAGUUUCGAUCUUUCAGUGGAAGAUACAUGCAUGUCACCGUAACUUCCGACUAUCAUAAUGCUAGCAACACCAAUGAAGAAAAUGUGGAUGAGGGAGAGAGAGGACAGGAGUAGGAACUCGACGAUUUUAGAUUGUGUGUUUUUAUUGUUAAGUGUAAAAACGAUUGUGGAUUGAUAUUAUGUGGUUUUAGAUUUUAGUAUUGUGUGAACAACUAUAAUUUGUAUUUUAUUGUAUUUCUUGUUGGUUUGUUUUGUUGUUAUGUUAUGAAGUUAUGAGUCCUUGUUAUUAUUAUUUAUGACUGAUUCUGUUGGUUUGAAACGUAACUUAUACGAGCAAAAGAACACCCACAUCGCUUCCCAAAGAGGUCGACCAUUUGCUAUAAAAGGUCAAUCGCGUCAUUGAACCUCACAAAACGAAAACAACAUAUUAGGUUGACCUAAUCCUAUAUAAGGUCGGCCUAAAAGGGCAGAUUAGGUCGACCUAAUCCUAUAUAAGGUCGAACUAAAAGUGCAAGUUACGGUGACAUGCAUGUCACCGUAGCAAAGUCCUAUAUUUAAUUACUCAAGAUAUCUUGUUUCAAUUGAGAAUUUUUUUUAUGAAUUUUUUUUUUACUUCGUUGCAAGAUAUGACGAUGUCACAAAACAUUAUAAAUAUUUGUGAUAACAAUUUCAUUGAUGUAAAAAACAUAACAUAUUAGUGACGAACGAUGUCUGGAUGCGCAAAUAAUUAUGCGUCGACACAACUUGUUAACAUUACCGAUACCAGUGAUCAGUCAAAAAUAUAAAUUUUGCAACUUGUUAACAUUACCGAUACCAGUGAUCAGUCAAAAAUAUAAAUUUUGCAACGAAGUAUUUCUAAUGAUGAUUUCAUCAAGGUUGUUAAACAUGUUUACACAUUGCGUCAGUUUAGCAAAUGAAAUUGUUCAAGCGGUAGUAUAACAGGUUUGUGUCGUUUCAUACUGGUUUAAGAAAAUCUAUAAAAUUGUGCAAAACCAUUAACAUAAAAUGAAUUUAAGCAUAUGUAUACAUACUUGAAGAUAAUUUAAUUACAAUCCAUAUUCAUAUUUAAAUAAAUAUGAAAUUCCAAAUAAAAUAACAAAUAUUCAUAUUUAAAUACAACAUUUAACGUCAAAUACCUAAACGUUUAUACUUGAAUCCAACAAAUAAAAUCAACAUUUAACUUUGCAAUUCAUAAAAUAAAUAGUUAAAUGUAUUACUUAAAAUUCAAUAAAAUGAUAUUAUUUUGCUUAGAGAUCAUAAAUUGAUCAUGUCGGUGGUGUUCAACCCGGUUUCAUGAACUGCACCGGUUAAAUCUGAUUUAACCGACCGAAAUUCCGCCGGCGUGACUACCAUAGAUUUCAUUGUCCUCACUCUCCUCAGUAUAUUCAAUAGUACCGACUAAGUGUGAGCAUGUCACAAAUAUGAACUUCUGUGACGAAAUAUUACUGAUGGUGGUGACAGGAUAUUGUCACAAAAACAAAAAAUAUUUUACAGAGGUUUGGUUUACCCUUCCAAGUCAUAUGUAGUAAUCAAAAUAUUGCUUUAGAAGUUUUUUUUUUUUAAAUUCAUCUAAUAACAUGUAUCAUAUUUUACAUGCAUAAGCGGUUCAUGAAACGAUUAACCAUUGGUUCAAGAAUGAUUAAUAAGGAAACCAUAAACUGCUAAUAUUUCUAGUUUGAUGGCGGAUUGCGUUUAAAAAAAAGAGAUAUCUACCAAAGAAUUAUGCUCGUGAAAUUUUUGUCAUGUCAUGUAUUAAAAGUUUGAUAACCUAAAAUUAACAGUGAAGAAUAGUAGCUGAAAGAAUAUAUUGUGUUAGUGAGAAUCAUUGGGACCCUUCAACAAAGCUAGAACGCAAAA